AUGGAACGAAGUAAAGAUAUAAGCUCAAGUGAAGAUGAGUUUGAUUUAACGUUGCUUAACGAGGAAGUUACAUCUAUACACAGAGAGCUUGACGAUACAGAGAAUAACAGCAGUGCUGAUGAUAGUGACAAAGUAAGAGGUGUAAGAAGACGAAAGAUCAGAGUAAUAGACAGUGAUUGUGACAGCGAUACCGAUACUAUAGAAGACUCACAAUCGGACAGUUCUGAAUGGAUUAGUUGUACUGAAUCUAAAGAGAUACCUUCAAGAAUACCAUUCAUAGCCGGCGACACUGCUGCAGGACCGCACGUACUCCCAGAUAAGAAAGAACCAUUGGAUUUUUUCAAACUGUUUUUUACCAAUGAACUCGUGAAUGAAAUAGUUAUUGAAAUAAAUAAUUAUGCUAGAAAAAAAAGGAAAGACAUUAUCACCGUACUCGAACUAUGGCGAACUUGGCACAAUGUGCCUAUCGAAGAAAUGUGGGCAUUUAUUGGUGUUAUGAUGGACAUGGGGACAAUGCCGUUGGCAAAUUUACGUACGGAACAAUCCCAACACAAGAUGCAGAUCCACAAACACGCUUACACAGCUAGUAGGCUAGGCUGCUUCCUUGAUUAUAUAAAUUCGAAGUUUUUGAAGUAUUUUACACCGGGAAGAGAAACUUGUGUGGAUGAAUCUACUAUCAAGUUCAAAGGUCGGAUUCCCUUUAUUACUUACAACCCGAAGAAACCAACCAAAUGGGGUAUUAGAGUUCAAUAA